AUGGCCACCUCUGUCAAGCCAGGCGCAACCUGGAAGAAGACCGACUACCCUAGCAUCAAGAACCCCGACUUCCCCGUCGAGGUUGCUGGCUUCGAGACCUUCAACAACCUCCACCUCGCCUCCGUCAUCCUCGGAGCUCCCUUUAUCCUCGUCUCGAUCCUCAAGCUCCCCUUCUGGUCCUACCCUGUCUUGACCAUCCUCCUGGCCCUGCCUAUCUUUGCCGCCUACUUCACCUAUGGCUCCCAGUUCGCCCUUCCCCUCAACAACCGCGUCCAGACCCCCGGCAAGAAGGUUGAGGACUACAUCACCAUCGUCGACCCCGCCUUCCAGAAGUACAAGGGCAAGAACAGAAUCCCCAUGGAGACCUUCUUCGAGGCCUACUUUGACGGCAAGAUUGACAUCAACCAGGACUGCUUGGAGUUGCUCGAGAACCGCCACGACUGGACUGUUUUCCACAUGACCGCCUCCCAGGCCAAGUUCUUCGUUACCCAGUGGAUUCCCGAGACCCUUUGGCACUCUAAGAAGCAGGACGAGGACCAGGUCCGCGACCACUACGACAGAGGCGAUGACUUCUACGCCGCCUUCCUCGGACCCCGCAUGAUCUACACCUCCGGUAUUAUGUCUGACGUCACCAAGAAGGAGACCCUCGAGGAGAUGCAGGAUAACAAGCUGAGACUCGUCUGCGAGAAGAUCCAGCUCAAGAAGGGCGAGCGUCAUCUCGAUAUUGGAUGCGGUUGGGGUACCCUCACCGCCUAUGCUGCCAAGAACUACGGAACUGACUCGACUGGUAUCACCCUCGGCUUGAACCAGACCGCCUUCGGAAACAACCGCAUCAAGGAGUACGGCGUCCCCGCCACCCAGGCCCGCAUCAAGUGUAUGGAUUACCGUGAUAUCCCUCGCGAGAAGUGGGACAAGAUCACCUGUCUCGAGAUGGCUGAGCACGUCGGAAUCCGCAAGUUCAACGAGUUUUUGCUUCAGGUCAAGGAUAUGCUCAACGAUGACGGUCUCUUCUACCUCCAGAUUGCCGGUCUCCGUGCUGCUUGGCAGUACGAGGAUUUCAUCUGGGGUCUCUUCAUGGCCAAGUACGUCUUCCCUGGUGCUGAUGCCUCCAUGCCCUUGUACUGGGUUAUCAAGCAGCUCGAGUGCGCUGGUUUCGAGGUCCAGAACGUUGACACCAUUGGAGUCCACUACUCUGCCACCAUCCACCGCUGGUACUUGAACUGGAUGUCGAACAAGGAGUCGAUCACUGCCACCUACGGCAAAAAGUGGUUCCGCACCUGGGAGAUCUUCCUUGCCUGGUCGACCAUCAUCUCUCGCCAGGGAUCUGCUACCUGCUACCAGAUUGUUGCCCACAAGAACUUGAAUGCCUUUGACCGCACUGGUCUCCAGGCCAAGAACCGCUUCAGCGUUUAA